UUGACAUAAUGAACGUGAAAACUUAACCCCGUGCAUUAAAUAUUUUUGUUAUUGCGGUGAAAAUGUUAAUUUUUUUAAUAAUAUCGUAGAAAUGAAUUUAUUACGAAUAUGAAAUAGCGGCAACUGCGAUGAUGGAUUCGUUCAAGGCACAAAGCAUUACUUUUCUGGAUCUGACCGGGGUGGACGAGGACGAACGCCAGGAAGUGCUGAAUUCUCUGUAUGCAGAGAAUGCACAUGUGCAGCUGCCGUGGAAGCUCCCUGAACACAAAGUCCUGCAUAAGAGUGGUAAAAACGUGAACGCCCCCUACACCCCUACCACCACCAACCACCACCCCGAGCCCCCCAAACUCGUGCCACACCCCGUCUACCUACCGAACCAAAUCGAAUACAACACCUACAUCCCCGCACAGAACCACCACUACAAGAGCCCCCCUCCCGACUACCCGCCCAUCACCUACUCCAUCCACCAGCCCCAGUAUGUGGUCUACCCCACCUUGCCCUCCACCUACCACCAGACCUUCCCCAUCGCGCCCGUCGUCACCACCAACAUCCCCACAGUCACAUUCGCCCCCACGUACGUGAACCACGCCGAGCAGGCACCGGCGGCCGUGGAGGCGGCGCCGCCCGUCGCCCCCCAACACGUGGAGGAGUCGUCGCCGCCGCCGGACGCGGCCAGCGCCAACGGCGUGCCCCACGUUCAGCAGAACGGCGACGAGGAGCAAGUCCAGAAGAACGAGGGGGAGAAGCGGCAGGCCCCAGCGAACAAAUCGUGGGCGAGCUUGUUCAGUAGUGCCAAGUCGGGGGGCAGUGGCGGCGAGAACGGGGGCGGCCCCGUGGAGAAGUCAAGUGAGGCUGUGAAUAAACAAAACGACGAGAUGUGCCCGAUUAGGCACCCGAGGAAGGCGCAGUUCAUCGACCCGAAUUGCUACAGAAUGGGAGAAUUUUUACUUAAUCAUAGUGUGGAUGGGAGGACGAUUAGUUUGCAGCCCCGAGGGUUGAUCAACAGGAGUAAUUAUUGUUAUAUCAAUUCGAUUUUACAAGCGUUAUUAGCGUGCCCUCCGGUGUAUAAUUUAUUGACUGGUUUGGCUGAGCAGAACACCUCAGCUGAGAAAGAAAAGGCUACACCGAUUAUUGAUGGAAUGUGUCGCUUCGUCAAAGAAUUCCAACACUUACCAGCCGGUCUGCGAGUGAACCGACGCAAUGAUAAAAACCAGAAAAAGGAUCAAGGCAUCACAAUUGACUACGACUUGCCAUUCGAGCCCUCCUGGAUUUACAAAAUAUUGAACGGGGUACGCAGCGACUCUUUCCUGGUGGAAGGUCGCCAAGAAGACGCAGAGGAGUUUCUAGGAUGCUUAUUAAACGGACUGAACGAUGAAAUGCUCGAGUUGAUGAAGUUGGUCAAGAGCGACCUCGCUGUCAACAAAUUCGACUCUCAAACCACCGAACAAGAAUCCGACAAAGAGUGGCAGGUAAUGGGACCAAAAAAUAAAGGAAGCAUCACGCGACAGAUGGAGUUCGUCAAAACACCAAUUAGCAACAUAUUUGGAGGAUUUCUCAAGUCGAGGAUUCAUCGAGCCGGAGAUCAUUCCACUUACAACAUACAGCCCUUCUUCACUUUGCAGUUAAACAUUGAGAAAGUUAAGACAGUCCGCGAGGCUCUCGAGGCUUUGGUCACCAAGAACCAGCUAGAGGGGGUUACUUCCGAGAAAACUAACGAGGAGGUGGAGGCAUGGCAGCAAGUCACUUUGGAGGAGCUCCCCGUUAUCUUGAUCCUGCAUUUAAAGUGUUUCGAUUUUAAGCUGGAUGGGUGUACGAAGAUAGUGAAAGCUUUGGAGUUUCCUAUUGAUUUGAAAAUAGAUUCUAAACUUUUAUCUUCCAAGCCAAACACGCCAAAAGAAAAACAGUAUAAGUUGUUUGCUGUGGUGUACCAUGAUGGGAAAGAAGCUACUAAAGGACAUUACAUAACGGAUGCUUUUCACGUUGGUUAUAGUAGUUGGAUAAGGUACGAUGACGCGUCUGUUAAAACUAUUCAAGAAGACUAUGUAUUGAAGCCACAGGGAACUAGAGUUCCCUAUUUGUUAUUUUACCGUCGUAGUGAUACCAUUAGAAGCAAAUAAAUAUACAUUUGGCCUAUUAAUAAUUGUUAAUAAGUAAACUUAUUUUAAUAAAUUAACUUUAUAUA